AGAAUAGUUAGCCAAAUGUUGGAUAAGUAUAUUUAAUUAGGAAGCUUCCUCUGUUGCCACUUGAAAAACACAACUGUUUGAAAAUUAGAAACGAGAACACAACGGGCUGGUAACCGCGCUAGCUAACUUAGCUGAAUGUUGAAAGUGCCUGCGACUCGGGGGAACGGAUUGGAUUUUAGAAGGGCUGUGCAUUAAUUAGAUGGAAAGUUCUAUUAUCACACAAGUGCAAAAAGAAGACACUCAGCUGCCGUCCAAAACAGGCCAGGUGAAAAAAUCUUCCCCAAAGAAGCCUCGAAGCCGAAAUAUCUUUAAGGCGCUUUUCUGUUGCCUCCGAGCACAGGAUGUCCCCCAGACACCGCCGCCUUCCCAGGAUACCUUGCUGCCACCUGAGGAAAAUGGGACAGUUACCAAGUAUGAUCUUCAAACGCUUCGCUACCAGUUUUUUCAAAUCCCAGGGACCAGUCUACUGCCAGAGGUGACCCCACAAGACCAAGGAAAGAUCUGUGUGGUCAUCGACCUGGACGAGACGCUGGUGCAUAGCUCUUUUAAGCCAAUCAGUAACGCUGAUUUCAUUGUUCCUGUGGAGAUUGAGGGAACAACGCACCAGGUUUAUGUCCUGAAAAGACCACACGUGGACGAGUUCCUUCGGAGAAUGGGAGAGCUCUUCGAGUGUGUACUCUUUACUGCCAGUCUUGCCAAGUAUGCAGAUCCGGUGACGGACCUGCUGGACCAGUGCGGGGUAUUCCGGGCGCGCCUUUUCCGUGAGUCCUGCGUCUUUCACCAGGGCUGCUAUGUCAAAGACCUUAGUCGGCUGGGCCGUCAGCUCAACAAAACCCUCAUCUUGGAUAACUCCCCUGCCUCCUACAUCUUCCACCCUGAGAAUGCUGUGCCUGUAGCGUCCUGGUUCGAUGACGUGGAGGACACGGAGUUGCUGAACUUACUUCCUGUUUUCGAGGAGUUGAGUGAAGCAGAAGAUGUCUAUGCCAAACUUAAACAGCUCCGUGCCCCAUGACCAAGGCCUGCCAGUCGUUCCUGUACCAUCCACACCGUGCCUGUGCCCCUACGGACGCCAGGCCGACAACAUCAGACCUACAAGAGUCCUGACCUCCCAGCUCCUAAAAUUGUGUUUCACACUCCCCUCACAACCAAUCAUACCUUCACACACUCCCAUACAGAGGCCUGCUCUCCCUGAAACACAAAAUGUGAGUGUUGAGGUUUGGGUCUCAUCCAGGCAGCGCGUCUGGAUGCAGCUGCCUUCCCCCGCAACAGCACAGAAGAGAUCUUCAGUUCAUCAUUGACAAGCUUUUUUUUUUUUUCUUUUUUCUUUUUUCCUCUUCCUGUACUGGACUCCUGAAAUAUCUCUUGAACUUGCUCCAAGUUGAAGAUGAGCCUUUUUUUUUUCCUCUCAGAACAGAAGUGUGAUUGGCAACACUACAUUGCUUCACACAUACAAACACACACACCCUCACGCCUCUUUGACAAGCCAAGAUACCAUUUAUCCUUGCAGCCAAAUGUAGAGCAUUUGUCUUUAAACAGAAAGCCCGUGAUGCCAUGUGAUUUUUGUUUUUUUUAUUCUCAAUUUUACUUCAUUUUCUACAAGAUUGCCUUUAAAAAGACUUGUGUUAAAGCCUAAUUUUUGGAUUUGAAUGGAGAGUUAAUCUCCAGGUCUCUCAGUAAUGAACCCUAUGGGCCUUUCAUCACUUUAGGGUAUCUUUAUAUGUCAUAGCAGAACCUUUGGUUUGACCUUAAAAGGGGAGCGUCCAAACUCCGUCAUUGUGCCUUUUUGCAAGAAAAGGAAAAAAAAACAAAAACAAAAAAAACAAAUCUCCUUUUCAAGGAAGAGAACACAGUUUUUUUUUCAACAUAUAGGUUUUUUUUCUACACGUUUUUCCAAAAGUCUUUUUAAACGUUCGCUUUGUUGAGAUAUAGGUCUUGAUUUUGUAUUGUUUCUUUUUUCUGCUGUUGAGGAAAAACAGCCAUACAUUUAAAAAAAAAAGACUUUCUCUGGACAUUUUAUAUGCUUGUGUA